AUGUCACCUGCGCGGCUGGAUGAGGACGACGAAGAAGGAGUGCUGAGGAAGGCGGAGCGCGUCAUCUUGCAGCAGCGGAAUCGCCUCGAGCAGCUUUCGUCGCUUCUCCUGCGCACUGAAAACGAGAAGGUUGCAGCCUACAAAGCAAACCAGCAGGAAGUUGAGAGAUACUUGGAAGAAAAUCGGAAGCUUCGGCUUCACUUGGACGCCGCGAAUGGCGAAGUUGCCGCGAUGAGCACCGUCAAUCUCCGUCAGGAGAAGAUGCUCAACCAGCUGACUACCACGCUCGCUGCGGCAGAGAAGGGGAUUGAAGAGCGUGACCAUCUCCUCACUUUGACCCAGUCGCAAGACAAGACGGCGGAGAAUGAGCGCCUGAAAACGGAGUUGCAGCAAAUGAAGUGUCGCGUCGAGAAACUGACGCAAGGCGCGGCUGUCGGAAGCUUGGCCGACUUCGACGGGGAUCCGCGUGGAGCUGGCGACGUGGCGGUACAGCUCGCCAAGGUCCAGCGAGAUAUCGAUCAACACCGAGCGACGGGAAAGCAACUUGGGCUUGCUUCCCAGGAACUGCGGGUCUCACGAAUGUCUCUCAUGCAGUCGCAGUCAGAUCUUCUUGCAGCGCAGAAGAUGGUUGAGGAGCAACGCAUCGAAAUUCAGCGACUCUACAAAGUGAUUGAAGCAUUGAAUCGGGAGAAAUCUUUGGUCCCGCCCGUUGUGCUCGCCCCAGCGAACGCGCUCGCCGCUCAGGGCACACAAGAACAGCUGGUUGUCUUGUCCGCGCAAGUUCAGGCUCUCGUGGACAAAAUCGAAUCCGGAGUCGCAACCAAGAGCCGGGGCCCCGUAGCAGUCGCCAACGGCAAUAUGAACAUUUUUGAAGAACAGAAAAACCUCCUGACAAAGGUUCUCGAGUCCUUGGAACAGCUAGCCACGUCACGCACUGUUGAAGAAAAACCGAACCGCUGGGACCUGGACAAGGACGUCUUUUUUGCCGGGAUCCUUCUGCACGGACAAACUGAUGACCGUGACGAGUUCCCCCUUUGCAAAGAAAAACUGGUGGCGGUUCGGGCGGCGGUUUUGGCCAUCUUCGAAGACCCAGAUGACGCCGAGCCCACCAUCCUCCUGUGUUCUCACAAAGUGCGGCAAGUGCGGCAGGAUCACCAAGACCUCGUCUACGAAAUCGAGUACGAAGUUCGCCCUGGAGUCAUCGAGUAUCAUUACCUUCGAUGCCAAUCCGACGAAGAAAUGGAGAAGUGGAUGUUUGCGUUGAUGUACGGGGGUUUCGUUUCUAUCCCCAAGGAGACUCCGCCUCCGCCUCCGCCGCCCGAGCCGAAGGACACAAUCGCGUGGAUCGUUCCUUCUGGACGGGGCCCAGACGGGCAAGCUGUCCCCAUGUAUCAAGACGACGCAGCCAUCUACUACAAUCGACAGAACAACAUGAUAAUCUGCGAAGCAAAGGGAAACCCGCAGGAAACUUAUCUUCUCAGAGCUACCAAAGACAACUUCGACUUCCUCUCCGAUGUCAUGAACCGCGGAAGAUACUGCGCCAUCAGCCCGGCUGCGGCGCCGACGCCGCAGUCAGUCACAGUCGCCGCCAAGCCUAGCCCUGUCCGUCAACAGAGCGCGCGAGAGGAGACGCGAGCCCCGCCUCCCGUGCCUAAGGACGACAAGGAGGAUGAGCUGUUUGUUGUUCGCGACGGUUACCUGAUGCUGAUGGAGCAUGCAGGUGACCCGGAGCCUUUGUUGAAACUUUUCCACUCUGACUGUAUCACCACGCCCGACGACGCCAACAAAGAAUUCGUUAUACGCCACAUGCCGGGAACCCCCGACGAGGAAUCCUACGUCUUUGGAUUCAUGACCAACGAACUCUACAGAGGAUGGUACGAGAAACUCAAGGCGAACGGUUUCCUCGAUCGAAAAGACGAAGGCUCCGUGCGAACUAAUCAAGUGUGCGUCGUCACCCAGAACAUGCUGGCUCUGUAUCGAUACUACGGCAGUCCCGGGGCGACGCCGGUGAUGGAAAUGCGCGCCGAGCGCUGCCAAGCUACUUCGAGCCGAGAACGACGAGAAAUCCGAAUCGUCCACACGACGCUCGCUGGGAAGCGCGAGCGCAUCACACUCGACUGCGCCACUCUAGCGGAGUUUGAUCGGUGGAACGUAGCUCUCGAAUUCGGUGGGUUCCUCAAGGCUGACGGGGACGGGAAAAACGGCCGCCGCAAGAACUACGCAAAUCUCAGCAAAUACGUCUUCCCCGUCAACCUGUUUGAAGAGGACUCAGGAGACUCGCUCCUCGCCCUCGUCGUGAAAGACAGCACCAUUCUGCUCUACCCUGCGCCGAACGUCACCGAACCCAUCCUGAGUAUUGACGCGGCAGACGCGCAGGUCCAGUACGUCGUCGAGCACAGAAAAAUUCGCGUCUACGUCAACCGCAACACCGAGGAGGAGGAGCGCAUUGAUUUUAUUCUCCCACUCGCAAAAGAUUAUGACAAGUACGCGACGGAAAUGCAGCGGCAACAGUUUCCCCUGGCGAACGACAAGAACCGAGGAGGCAGCAGGAAGCCGUUCAUCAUCUGCAAGAAGAACCUCCUGGCUUUCUACAAAAGCAAAUAUCAAAAAAUGCCGGAAUUUAUCAUCGAUAAGGCCUGGUACGAGGUGGACGUGUCGUCGUCGCACAUCAUCACGUUCAAGCCGCGGCGGGCCACCACCGACAAGGGUGAGCCUCUUCCCCUGAGAUGCCUCACUGUGACAACAGACCUGCAAAUGAAAAAGUGGGACUUCUGCCUGAAACUCAUCGGCUUCCGCAACUUCGCAGAGUCGAUGCCUCCUCGAUUCUUGCCCCAAAUCAUUUACGGCUUCGUGUCGGCACCAGCAGCGGAACUGCGGAACACCGGCCGAAAGUUUGUGGGAGUGGUUGAGGUUGACUCUCAUGAAACUGGAAAGCCGCAGGAGGCGGAGGUCGGCGACAAGUGCGUCGCCGGGGCGAGGAAAAGGAGACGAGACGCCGCAAGAAAGACACAGAUUCCGUUUUCCACAUUGCGGCUAACGGAAAGCGCGAGGAGACACGAGGAACCGAAAGGAGAGGGGCGACAGGGGGGAAGGGAAAAACACGGGGAACACGCGGCACUUCCAAACAGAAGUCAGUGGAGAUGA